AUGGGGAGAUCCAAUCAGCACAAAGAGGGAUGUGUGAACAUUGUUGAACUAUCCCAGGAUAAUUGCUUGGAGGGCACUUCAGCGAGGACAAGACCUUUUAGUUUUGAUGAGAUAUUGCUUAGAAGAAAAAGCAAGGAAGAGAUUGCUGGGAAAGUUAAAGAUGAUCCAGGGGGAGUGGAUAGUGCAUUAGGAAAAAAGAAAAUUGAGAAGGCUUCUGAAAAUCUAGAAUUGGGUAGGCACAGACAUGAGGAUGCUGUAUCCAGUGGCUUGAGACAUGCUUUAAAUGAUUCCCAAAAGAUAAGUUCUCGAAAAAGGGAGAUUAAAGAAGAGAACUUAGUCAUGGAUAAAGAUAAGGAAACCCCGAAAUCAAAGGCUAAAAUGGUAAAAAAUAUAAGCAGCAAAAUUGAGAGAAGUUCUCAUGGAAAAAGAAAAAAGGAUGGUUGGUCAAUUGGUGAUUCUGAAAAUGAAUCUGGUAAGAUGCGAUCAAGAAAUUCGGUCAGGAAGGACAGAUCAGCUGAAAGAAUUGAAGGAAGAUCUGAAAAAGAUAGAGAGCGUGAACGUCAAAUUAAUAUUGAGGAUAGACAGGUUCACUUCAAUAGGAAACAUGACUAUCGUUUGACCCAUGAUUCUGAGAAUGAACCUGUGAAAAGACAUGGAAGAGGCAUGGUGGGACCUGAUAUAUAUACUGACAGAAGUAGAGGAAAAUCUGAAACUGAAAGCAAAAGGAAACACCAUAAUGAAGAUGAAGAUAAACUUAGAGACACUGGAAGAGAACAUCAUCUGGAAAGAAAAUACAAGGAUGCAACACGAAUCCAUCAUGAAGAAUCAAGACCGAAAAGGAGACGGUCUAGGAGUGUAGAGCGUGAUAUAGGAAGAGGCAGAAGGUCUCCUUCACAUUCACCUAAGACACAUAAGCUUACAUCUAAAGAUACUCGGGAAAAAGGAGAAUUAUCUUUACAUUCAUCACGAGACAGAUCAGGAAGAUCACGGAGUAGGGAUCGUGACAAAGACAAAGGCAAAAGGUCUCCUUCACGUUCACCUAAGACAUACAAGCAUACAUCGAAAGAUACUCUGGAUCAAGGAGAACCAGCUUUACAUUUAUCGCGAGACAGAUCAGGAAGAUCAAGGAGUAGGGAUCGUGACAAAGACAGAGGUAAAAGGUCUCCCUCAAGUUCACCUAAGACACAUAAGCAUACAGCUAAAGAUAUUCGAGAACAAGAAGCAUCACUACAUUCAUCAAGAGACAGAUCAGGAAGAUCACAAUCUGAUGCUGACAGGAAGAGGAUAUUAAGUAAUGGUUCCAGUAGUCACUACGGGCAACAUGCUGGAUCUUCCAGUGGGCUUGGUGGUUAUUCUCCUAGAAAGAGGAAAACUGAUACUGCUGCUAAAACUCCUUCUCCUACUCGUCGCUCUCCAGAGAGGAGAACUGCUGGGUGGGAUCUCCCACCUGUUGGAAAAGAAAGCAACAAUUACCUUUUCUCUGAUCCCCAGUCUUCAGGCCAAAUAGUAUCAUCGAACAAAACCGAGUUGCCUAUUGUUACUCCAGUGGCUCCAAAUGUGGUGAAGCCGGAUAGUGUUUAUUUCCAUGCUUCACAGAUGCAUGUCGUUGAAUCCAUUCAACUGACUCAAGCAACCCGACCUAUGAGAAGGCUCUAUGUAGAAAACUUGUCUGCUUCAGCCUCUGAGAAAGCUUUAAUGGAAUGUGUUAAUAACUUCCUGCUAUCUUCAGGUGUCAACCACAUCCAAGGAACCCAUCCUUGUAUCAGCUGUAUAAUACACAAGGAGAAGGGCCAAGCUCUUUUGGAAUUUUUAACUCCUGAGGAUGCAUCAGCUGCUCUCUCUUUUGAUGGAAAAUUCUUUGCCGGGAGUGUUCUUAAACUCAGACGCCCCAAAGACUACAGUGAAGUAACUACUGAUGCUUCUGAGAAAUCAGUUGGUGCAGUUGAUUCAAUUAGUGAUAUCGUAGAAGAUUCACCCCACAAGAUCUUUAUUGGUGGAAUUUCGAAACUUAUUUCUUCUGAAAUGCUUUUGGAGAUUGCUGGAGUCUUUGGACCUGUGAAAGCGUACCACUUUGAGUCUAUUGUUGAUCUUGAUGAACAAUGUGCAUUUAUUGAGUAUGUUGACCAUUCAGUUACUCCCAAGGCAUGUUCCGGACUUAAUGGUAUGAGUUUGGGUGGAAAAAUUGUAACUGCAGUUCAAGCAACUCCAGAUCCCUUGAUAUUGGAAACUGUUGGAAAACCACCAUUUUAUGGAAUCCCCGAGCAUGCGAAGCCACUGCUUGAGAAGCCCACAAAAGUUCUGAAGCUGAAAAAUGUGGGGCUUUUGUCAUUGUCGGAAUCAGAACAGGAAGAAAUAUUGGAGGAUAUAAGGCUAGAGUGCGCCAGAUUUGGCACUGUUAAAUCUGUCAACAUUGUGAAGCCCACCAACUCUUUCACUACAACUGAAGCAUCUGAUGAAGUAAUGAACUCAAAACCUACAAUAGAUCAUGAUCACGCGGAAUUUGAUAUGAAGAGCAAUAUUAGAGAAGUACUUGUAGAAAGUAGAAGUAAUGAAUUAUCUGAGCUUAACAGAUCAGAUCCUACGAGCUUUCCUCAAGAUUCUGAAGACACAGUUCAAGCUGUUGAAGGUAACAAAGAAUAUGAAGAUAAUCCAGGUACGUUGAAUCUGUCAAACAAUUCUGAAGAACCUGAGGACAAAAAUAAAUCUGCGAUGGUGGAUAACGGCCAUUCUGAUGAUAAAUUUACUGGCGAUUCACCUACAAAUGAUCAGGAUAUGGCAGGUCAAGAUCCCCUGUGCGAGAAAAAUUCUAGUGAUUUUACCGGAGAAUGCACUAACCAACAGAACAAUUCUACUGAGAAGUCAAAAAGCAGUGAUAACAUUGCUUAUUUUUUGCCUGCCGGGGUCCUCGAUACGGAAAAUAAGCCAUUUAUUACAGAAGAGUUGAAAUUACAGGAAGAUGUUGUGGAGAUGGGCAGUGCUAUCAAAUUGGACUGCGAUGGGGGGAAAGAGUUGGAUGCUUCUGAGAAAGGUGACAAGGAAACGAUAAUUGAGCUUGAUGAUAUAUUUGAGCCUGGCUCCGUAUUCGUGGAGUAUAAAAGGGCUGAAGCUUCUUGUAUUGCAGCACAUUGUUUACAUGGACGACAAUUUGACGGGCGAGUUGUAACAGUGGGAUAUGUUGCUCAUGAUCUUUAUCAGAUAAGGUUUUGCAAGUGA